UGUCACAAACACCAGUAUAAUAAAUUUAUAUUUGCUAAUAUAGAAUUGCAAUCUGCAUUUAUAACAAUGUUUAUUUUAUUUUUUUAUUUUCUCUCUCAUUCAGAUAUCUUGCCACUGGAGACUCCUUCAGGACGAUCGCCAGCAGCUUCCGUGUUGGUGUCUCCACCGUCUGCAAGAUUGUCCCAGAUGUGGUGACUGCAAUCUGGGACUGCUUAGUGGAAGAGUUUAUGGCUGUGCCCUCCACAGACGAAUGGAGGUCCAUUGCAGAGAGUUUUGAGGAGAGGUGGAACUUCCCACUCUGCUGUGGAGCACUGGACGACAAGAAUGUCCUGAUAAAAGCACCCCCCAACACCGGAUCCCAGUUCCACAACUACAAGGGAACAUUUUCCUUAGUUCUCCUUGCUGUUGUGGAUGCAAGGUAUUGCUUCAGGGUGAUCGAUGUCGGGGCAUAUGGACGGUCGAGUGAUGGUGGGACUCUGGCCAACUCAGCCUUUGGCCAGGCACUCCGUGGUGGCACCCUCCAACUGCCACCUGACCGUCCUCUCCCAGGAGCUGACCACAGAGGACCCCAGCCCUAUGUCUUUGUGGCAGAUGAGGCCUUUCCCCUCAGGAAAAACCUCAUGAGGCCAUUCCCUGGGCGCACCCUUCCCCGAGAGAGAAGGGUCUUUAACUACCGUCUCUCCAGAGCCCGGCUGGUGGUGGAAAAUGCCUUCGGAAUCCUGUCCUCACAGUGGAGGAUGUAUCGCCGCCUCAUAGAGGUUCAUCCUGAGGUUGUGGAGAGGUGUGUGAAGGCGACGUGUGUCCUCCACAACUUUAUGAGAUCUGCAGAGGGACCUGCUGUGAGGGGGGCGGGGCAGGGUGCAGAGGACUCGCUGCAAAGUCUCGGUUGGGUUGCAGCGAAUAAUUCUGCCAGAGAAGCCAUCCGGGUCAGGGACAGCUUCAUGGCUCACUUUACAGCAGAGGGAGCAGUCCCAUGGCAACCGACCGAGUAAUAGGUUUUAAAUCCUGUGCUCUUUAUGUUCAUGUUUAGGUAGUGUAAAUAUUCCCACCCUUUUGUCUUUUCUUUUGAUUUACACCCUUUAUAUAUUGUAAAUAACAUUUUCAACCUCUCUUGUAAAUAUUGCUCUUUUUCCAUCCUUAACUCUUUUAAAUCUUUCAUCAUUUUUCAAUCAUUGUUUGUUCAAGUUUAGAUUGUUACAGUUUUCUUGUUUAAAAUGAUAAAUGGAGCCAGCCUCCAAAAUGAAUCCCUGUCUCGUUGCUGCAUUGUCAUUACACUAUACCACAUUACUGGUCCAAUCACAAAUAACUUUUUUUUCUUUUUUUUUUUUUAAACUAUACUAUUGUGAGUGUAUUUGCAACAGAAUAUAAUUAGAAUGAAUGCACAAAUAUUUGCCAUAAGUAUUGUAGUCUUAA